AAUAAGAGAACCUCCUGUCAAGAUCCUGGCGAGAAUAGGCCACACAGCCUGAUGUUCGCCAGUUAAAAAACCAACUCAACCAACCAUUACAAACUUCCACUCUUAAAAUGGCUCGCACAAAGCAGACUGCUCGCAAAUCUACCGGUGGCAAAGCUCCCCGCAAACAGUUGGCCACGAAGGCUGCUCGUAAGAGUGCCCCAGCCACUGGCGGUGUCAAGAAACCCCAUCGAUAUCGCCCCGGUACCGUCGCUCUUCGAGAGAUUCGCCGUUACCAGAAGUCGACUGAGCUUCUGAUCCGCAAGUUGCCCUUCCAGCGCUUGGUCAGAGAAAUCGCCCAAGAUUUCAAGACCGAUUUGCGCUUCCAGAGUUCGGCCGUCAUGGCGUUGCAGGAGGCAAGCGAGGCCUACUUGGUUGGGCUUUUCGAAGACACCAACUUGUGUGCCAUCCACGCCAAGCGAGUCACCAUCAUGCCCAAGGACAUCCAACUUGCCCGUCGUAUUCGUGGCGAACGUGCCUAAGCUUAAACUUCGAUUGUUCAAAUAAAACGGUCCUUUUCAGGACCACAA